AUGCGAAUAAGAAAGCAUGCGAAGAUUCCUCUAAUGAAUAAUCAUUUUUGCCUACUCAAUCAGUCGCCAUGGGAUGUCAUUACUUUUCCCAAUGAAGACCUAUCACUUUUUCAGCCAUCGCUGUCAUCUUCUUCUAAUUCUCAGUUUGUUGGAUCUGUUGAUAAUGGGACCUUCAAUGAUACUAAUGAAACUGUUGCAAGUGUUGCCGAGGACGUGGAUGUCGAUGUUUCUUUUGUUGCUAAGAAAAUUAACCAAGACAAGGAUGAUAAUAUAGAGAUGAAGGAUCUCGGAUUAUCAAUGGACCAAAAUAAUAAUGGUAACAAGAAACAAGAGAAGCAACAUGAGGUUGUAGUGGCGAAGACGGGAAAUUUACGCCGUCUCUCAACUCGUGCAAAAAAAUCAUCAUAUUCCUCUUCAAAUCCUAAUGAUUUCUACUAUUAUUCGGGUUUUGGUCCAUCAUGGGGCAAAAAAAGGGAUGCAAGCAGGAAAACUAUUCAUCCCGCAACAACUAUCAUUGGAAAUGAUUCAACCAAAAGUGUUGAUCAAUGUUUGUCAUCCCAAGUGGAUAAUGAAGAAAUUAACUGUGUUGAACUUGAAGACAAGGAUGAUCAUCAUAAAGAACAAAAUGUGAAGAAGAAGAAGAAAGAAAAAGGAAACCCCUAG